AACCGUAUCACUCUACUCAAUCACCCAGUGGUCAUUGUUGGCGUCCUCGCCUCUCGCAUCACCUGAAGUUCUCAUCACGCGAUAAUCAAAUGAACUUCACUUCCCGCUUCAUCAAUAUAAACCGUGAGGAAGAAGACCCACUACUUCACACCAGCUCUGGACAUCUGAGGUUCUUCUUCACUUGAACAGAGUCUCUGGAAGCAGAUUUCUGGAUAUCUACCAUCACGAUGAUGCUCACGGUGUCUUCUCAGCGCUAUCAGGUCUGUGCUGUGCUGCUGCUGUCAGUCCUGCUGGCUCUCUUGGACGUCUCCCUUGGACAGCCACAAAUUUCUAAAGUUCAAAUGGGGAUUUCUGACCAUAACAACAGAGGUCCUAAAGCACCGGAGGAAUACUUAUUCGUAACACUGGAGUGGGAGAAGUUUAAUAGCAGAGUUCCAAAAGAUGCUGUUAGAAUCAGAGAGGGAGAUGAAAUGUAUGUGUGCAGAAACAUGGAGAAGAAAUGCAUGGUCGGUAUUUUGAAAGGGUCCAAAUGUGAGUAUGAGGAAGGAGGGAAUUUAAAAAAUCCAGACUCAUUUGAAGUCCUCAUAAACAAAGAUGACUUUGAGGAUCCUAAGUGGAAACCAGUUAAAUGCACUCGAGAAGUUGAAGAAGUGCGUGAAAACGCUGUCAAAAUCUGUGAAGAUCAGAACUUGUUUGUUGGGACAAAAGGCGAGGAAGCAAAGUCUUUGCCAGCUGUGAAGUCGGCUUCGGAACAAAAGUUCGCUCAUAGUUCUGUAGGUAAAUGGUUGAAUUCAUUAAGACCGGUAAAAUAUUUGGAAAAGAAAACUGGAUCUUGCCAGGUUCUUAUUGUUUCGUAUGAAAAUGUAAUGGAACAGGAAAUAUUAGACUUUAAAAAAAUGGGGGGAAAUGAGGGGGAAAAAACCACUGAUCUGGGCAUAGACGACAGGUUCAUGGUUGAGGUUCUCAACAGUGGAAAAAAGGAAGUUACAGAAACUGUUCAGUCUAAAACGACAACCAAACAGGAAAGAAGAUGGGACUUUACAUACACCAUUACCGCUGGAGGUAAACUUACAGUUGGGGUUGACCCCUCAGGUCUUAAAGAGGCUGGAAGUAAAUUUACCACAGGUUUUAAAGCAGCGUUAGAGCUUAACCUUCAGUAUACAACCACAACGCACAAUGGGCUUUCUGUUGUAAAAGAAAACGAGCAUAUGACUUCUACUCUGGUUCCGGUUCCAGCAAACAGCAAGUGCACAGUCAAUUUAGUUAUCAGGAAGAUCAGGGAGGAGACUCCUUUUACAGCCAAUAUCUAUCGUAAAUUCAAAAGAGGUGAACCUAAGAUAAAACCAAUCUCUGGGACUUAUUUUUUUACUUUUAGAAAGGCUGAAGCUAGCAUAGUGCAGUGUGAAUCUCUGGACGGCAACAGGGCUGGCCCAGGUUUGUUGACAAAUUUGAGGGAUAAACUAAAACGAAUUGGCAGGUCUUUGUAAAGCAAAUCUUCUGUAAAAGCAGAUCCAAAGUGCUUUAACUACAAGAGGAAUAAAUGACCUCAUCAAAGA